CAGAAACGAAGACUAACUAAUACAAUAAACAGACGAACAAUAGUAAAAUGGCAGCUGAAGAGGAUGUUGUAGCUGCUGCAAAUAGACUAUUAUUUCCACGUGGUCCCUGUGGAAGUGCCACAAGUAAGCACAAGAAGUAGACGUUUUUCACGACAGAGAGUUAAUUUGAUAUGGUUACAGGAGCUCCUGAGGACCAGGAGACGAACUUACUACCAGUACCAGUCAUCUUUAUAUUGCCUUACCGCUGUUGUAGGUGUUGUAGCUGAAUUACCAGUUUUUAUACUCUACUCCUCCACAGUAGCUGAAAAUUUCGCCGAGUCAUUUUGCAUUACCUGCUAGAAAAAAAUGUCCUGGUUGAAGACCUUCACGGAGAGCGUGAAGCUCGUUUCUCAGGAUGUUGCCCACAUGGCAGAAGACAUUGUCGGAAAGGCUGGCGAAAGCUUGCGUAAGAUGGCACAGACCGAUGACGUUGCCAGUGUGGAGGAGGCAGCUUGUAGUGUACGUGAUUUGGGAGGUGCCAUACUCAUGCUCCAGGGAUGGAAUCAGUUAUGAACUACUGAUAUGCUAGGAUGCCGAUGCUGCUACUGGUGGUCGCGGGUAAUAUAGAUUAGUAUUUCUCUCAUCAGUAUUAGCAUUACUCACAUGCAGCUAGUAGAAUGGUGUACGUAAAUGUAAUAAUCGUGUAUGUGUAGAUGAGAGAGAAUGUGUACUAGAUCAUGUAGUCGCAGUUCUAGUUGCUUUUGAGGGACGAGAGGUAGUUGUAAAGUAAAUGUAAGUAGUAGUACCGCAAAUUACAUGCUCAUUCUGCUCUUACUAAUGCUCAUUCUUCCACCACUUCUUGAAGAUUCUAAAGUCAGAUCUGAACAAGAAGAUAGGGCAGAUAUCAGACGAGAGACUGAUGGAGCAUGGUGUUGGUGCUACGCCAACGAAGAGGGACACGUCGUUUGUGGGAGAGGAGAAAAGCCCUUCGACCUUGGCUAUCGAAGAAGAUCGAGGUGGUCAACAGGAGCACGACGCGUCUAUUGUGCUAGAACAUCAACAAGGAACAACUACUACUACCACUACUGGACAUCAAGGAACACAAGGAACUACCGGUCAUGAUCUAUGAGCAGUUGUUGGAGAAAGUAGUGCGACAGGUGGGGUAGCAGGAGCAACAGUCGUCAAUUACGCGCGUAGUUCCAAAGAGCAGGGAGCUUCUACUAGACCGAAAUUAUUCGGAGAAACAUCGGCAGCCGAUCAGUCUGCAGUUUUGGGCUCGUCCGGUGUUAUUGGUGCGGCAGCUUCUUCUGGAACCGCAGGAGCAGGAGGUGCCCCACAGAAAUCCCGCAAAACGGUGGCUUUUCUUACGUCUGUAGGCAAUCACUUUUAUCUGGUCCUGGUGUGGAUCAUCACUCUGAUAAUUGAGUUGUCCGCGACCUGAUGGCUACCGAGUACAGACCGUCUGUCCAGCAUUUAGAAGACCAGAAACAGCCAAUAUUCUACGACAAGAUGGAACCUUUACUGAAGGAGUAGGUGGAGGUGCUGGCACAACCACCGGCACCGCAUCCCCCUCUUCUUCCUUGUCUUCUGGAGGAGGUGCAACAGCCAGCACCACGACAAGAACUGGUAUUGCUGAUGCAGAAGCAGGAGGAGCUGGUGCAAAUGCCUCUACUUCUAGUAUAGCAGGAGGAGCGUCAGGUGCAACAAUAACAACCUCAGGAGGAGACGGCGAACUAGAUCUGAGAAAUCCAGCGCUUUACAGCAAGUUCGACCAAGAUGGAUUUCCGACCCACGAUAAGAACGGAGAAGAAUUGACCAAGAACCAGUAUAAGAAAGUGCGCAAGCUGAUCGAACAGGAGCGCAAGAAACAAGCGAAGAAGAAGUAAAGUAGAUGUGAGAAGAUUAUUAGUUCGUCGUGAUGAGGUCGUGGUAGAAGUAGAAAAUUCUUGUGACUUCUACGCGAAAUGGAGUUUUUUACGUAAUAUCUUGCGACUGGCACAGCAACACAACAGGUGCUAUUCGUCCUUGACAUGAAGAAACUACGAAACCCGUGCUUCUUCAGAUUGAGACCCAGAGGCCCCUUCUGAAUUUUGUUGCCUCUUAUACUAUUUACAGUACUUAGACGUUGAUGCCGUAAAUCCAAGCCCAAGUAGACUGGUCGAGGUUACAGUUGUACUUAAACCUUGAUGCCGUAAAUCCAAGUAGACU